AUGCAUGGACCCCACCCCCACCGUAGCAAAGGUGUCGCCACGUUUUUCCACUCGUCGAUGCCCGGGUUCGCAUCGCUCAAAGCACUCUGGUCACUGCGCGUCCCCGACCGAUACCUCGUUGUUCGAACGGAGUGGGAUUCCACCCCUGUCUACUUCCACAACGUAUAUGCACCAGUUGAAUCGGCCGAUCGUGCAGGGUUUUUUGCCUCUCUUCCACGCGACUUCGAGCCGACUAGUCGGCACUUUGUCGGUGGCGAUUUUAACCUCCCCAUGGACGCUGCUUUGGACACGACAGCAUUCCACCCAAACCAUCACGUCGGCAAAGAUGAAUGCUGCGAAUGGCUGUCAGCGCUCCGUGUUGUCGACGCUUGGCGCACCAAAGAACCCAACCGAAAAGUCCUUACGGGCCCGCGUGGACGAAACCGGCUCGACUACGUUUUCGCCGACGUGGAAAUGGUCGCUCACUUUCAUGUGUCGUCGACAUUCGAUCGGAGCCAGUAUAACGGUGACCACAUGACCCAUACCACAACGUUUGCUGCUGCGAGGACGAAUGGACCCCCCACUACCUCCUUACUCAUGGAAGCCUCGAAGACCUCUGGACGGACACAACACUCCAUCCACGCCCUAGGCCUCGACUUUACGUCAGUGGUACGAUCAUCGUCACUGGACGAGUACCACUCUGACGAUGUUAGUGACGCUACGGUACUGCUGAACCACGAGUCUGAGUGCAUUCUCGCCCUUGCCGAGAUUCUGCUUGUAUCCCUCGCUCCAUGCUACUAUGCCCAUGAUGUGGCGCCCAAUGCUGCUACCUCUGGUCCUGUAUUUGCCCUCCCUGCACGUAGCGGGGAUCGUUAUCUCGCAUCAUCAACCCUUUGCACCGUCCUCCUACCACUCGACCCUCGGCACGCCAAUUCGCAAGGCCUUGUGUGA